AAAAAAAAUGUCUUCUGGACGCCCUAUCAAAUGUGUUGUGGUUGGUGAUGGAACUGUUGGAAAGACAUGUAUGCUUAUAUCAUAUACAACUGACAGUUUUCCAGGAGAAUAUGUUCCCACUGUAUUUGAUAAUUAUUCUGCACCAAUGGUAGUAGAUGGAAUCCCAGUCAGUUUAGGUUUAUGGGAUACAGCAGGUCAAGAAGACUAUGACAGAUUAAGGCCACUUUCAUAUCCACAGACUGAUGUGUUCCUCAUCUGCUUCAGUGUCACUAGUCCAUCUUCUUUUGAAAAUGUUACUUCUAAAUGGUAUCCUGAAAUAAAACAUCACUGCCCUGAUGCGCCUAUGAUUCUAGUCGGUACAAAAAUAGAUUUGAGAGAGGAUAGAGAAACAUUGAAUGGUUUGGUGGAACAAGGUCUUUCGCCCAUUAAACGAGAACAAGGCCAGAAACUUGCCAAUAAGAUCCGUGCCGUCAAGUACAUGGAAUGCUCAGCCCUCACUCAACGUGGUCUUAAACAGGUAUUUGAUGAGGCAGUAAGGGCCGUGUUGAGACCUGAACCACAAAAACGGAGGCAGCGUAAAUGUUCUGUGCUCUAGUCGGUUGGAAGAGAGAUGGUCGAUUUGGGACAGCAGAGGGGCUACCAGUCUAGCAGCCGCCGGCUACUUUGUUAGUACCGCUGAAUUUUUAAUUAGGUUGUCAUAAAUUUCUCGAUAACUGAAAGUCUUGUUACACGUCGCUUUACUUUUAAGAGAUGACUUUUCAAUGGUUGUUUUAUUAUUUUAAUAUUUAUUUUCAAACAUUCAUUAUGUUUAGGAUGAACGAUACAUUCUUUUAUUG